AUGGCAUGGCUUGCAGCUUCAUCCUGCUUGGGGAAUCGCCUCCGUUCUGUGCGACCAGUAUUGGACGGAUAUGGAGCGAGCUAUCUCCGCACAAUGGCCAAUUCUGGUCCUGCUAUGUCCGAGCAGAUCGAGAUGGACGAUAUGCUAGCAGAACCAGGGACCCAACGACACUUCGAGGAGGACGAUUAA